AACUGAGCGAGAGAGUAGCCGCGAGCCGCUGCAUUUUCCAUGCCUUCUAAAGCAAUGUGCGAUUUACAGCGGUGCGUAUCUAUGGAACCAAGGAAUUGCACGACAUUGUCGUCCUUACAAAGAGGUACAGAGGGGAAGAGAGAAAGAAAUCAGCGGUAUAAGGGGUUUCAGUCGUGGGUGGACGUAACGGAGAACCUGUAGACGCAAAGGGGAGAGGGAGGAGAAACGGCAAGGGGUGUACGCACAACUAUUGCUAAUAGUAUUAACGUAAGACGAGAAGAGACUCCGCCAAGGUAUGUAAAUAUGCACGCCGAAUUGCAGAAUUUGGAUUGAAAGGUGGAAUAUUAUGGAACCUUUUUUUUGUUUGUUUUUUGCAUUGCCAAGUUAAAGGACAGUAUAUUGCAAACUCACCAAAUGUUCGUCAGCUGGUAUUCUCCACAUUUCCUUAGACAGCCACUAACCUUCACCCUUGCGCUAUACAGACGUUUUCUCGCAGGUUUUAUUUACUGAAACAGGGGGGGUGCCUUAAACUGCACGUCUUCGUGUUUUUAUUUUGAAAGGACUUGAGUUUUUAGGCACGUUAAGAAGUUGUCUGAGUGAAUCGUUUGGUCCGAGUAUUGUGUCUGCGAAGACCGGUAAGUACUGUAAGGGAUGGUAUAAUUGGUAUGUCGGACUGUAUGUGCUUGUUUUCCGAUAUAUGCCAUUAAGUUAAAGCCUACUAUUUGUCAGUAAUUAACAAGUGUCUCCGCAUGAUUUUUAAUUUGACAGUUGUUCGCAGUUCUUGAUGCAUGGGUGCUUUAGCUAAAUUAUAAGCCUUUUUAUAUAUAAUGUUAAUGUUUGUGAAAGUAGCUUAUAUGAAUGCCUAAGUAGCUGUAAAUCGUUUCUUAAAGUGGGCAUUUUAAUGCAUCCCUAAUGCAACUGGAAAAUAGCAGUGUAAUGCUAUUUAGCAUAGUACUUUUCAGUUAAACUCAAUCGAUGCAGAUUCCAUGUUGGCUUACUGAGGCUGACAGUGAAAUGCGUCUGGUUAUUGUAACGUUACGUGACAAGGGUUACUUAGUUCUUAAAAAGAAGUCCGCAAGUCAGUCAUUCCCAGUCCGCCAACCAGAGAGUCGUGUCCCGUUUGUCUAAAUUUACCUCAAACAGAAGGACCCAAAAUAGACUCACACCACUACCCUGCUCGAACAACUGAAGCUAUCGGCGUCCUAGUAUUCUAGGUAUUUCUAAUGGCACGUGUCUUUGUCCUGGCGGAAACAGUCGAAAUUUAUCUACGCGUGCGCGCUCACACGCUCGCACACAUGUAUAUGUGUAUAUAUAUAUAUAUAUGUAUGUCUGUGUGUAUAUAUGAAUAUAUACACACACUUAGACACGUAGGUAGUGGUGCAGCGUGUUAUUGUAAUUCGUGACGAGCUUUUACACCAGUUUCUCAGUUAAAUCAUUAACUUGAUUUUUAAUAGCUUACAGUUACAAUAAUUUUAUAAUAUAGCGUAAUAGUAUAUAAUAUAAUAGGUAAGCAGGUAAGUAAAAUAUGCAUUUUAUAUAUUAUAUCAAAGUCGAACCACAACAAUGAGCUUUACUCUUCUGUAUUGUCAGGGAUGGACUGAGAGUUUCAAAACCACAAUUUGGAAACCUUUCUCCAAGUCGUCGUAAUCCUUUUUUGCCGUUACCGUUUAGAAUGAUUUACAGAUCACCUGUGAGGUUGUUGUCCUGUGGGCUUGUGUGGCUUUAACCCUGUGUUGCAUAGUCAGUGGCCUGACUAGGUAGUCGGACGCCCGUUUUGCGACUGACCUUUGAAAGAAUUCAAAGGGCACCCAAGCGGCAUGGACAUUAAAGGAUGUGUGUUCCCUGGAUCGUAAACCUGGCUCGAACUUCAAAUAGUUUUCAAGCCAUCAGGAGUUUUUGUUCUUCCAAUUUAAAAUAAAGCGUGUCACAUAAAAAUCCCUUAUGAGGUUGUGGUAGAAAGUUUUUUUGUGGGUUUUUUUUUGUUUGCAUGCAGAUGCCAGCAGAAUAUAAAUGCAUUUACCACCACACAGUAUUGAAGUGUAUUUUAAAUUAUGUCAUCUACCUUUUUAUGACCUCCAUGGACCAAAAAGCAAUUAGAUAACCAUUAGCCAGCAAACACAAACAGAUAAGAGGGUAAAAUAGUGUUGUGACGUUCAGCAUGAUUUGAAGAACCACAGGCUCAACACUCUGUGUGUUUUGACUGCACUUUUAUAUAUGAUAAGAAAUGCAGUUUUUUAUUUGCAUGUCCUAAAUUUGACUGAUUAGUUUACUGCUUAGAUAUUUUUUUUAAUGCCUUUAAAUUUUCCCUUGUCAUUUAUAACCAUAUCUGUACCGUAGCUUGUUCCUCGUUCCCUCGCGUAUGUUCUUUGUGUGAAACGUUUAAAUGGUCAUGGGGAAAUAGCAAAGCUACCAUAUGAGCUGGGAACAGUGGGGAACUGUAGCUGCGGCUUCUGUCCUUCAGGUUGUCCUGCAACUUUGACCUUUGAAAGGCGCCACUCGUGCAGAGAGAGAGAGAGAGAGAGAAAGAGAGAGAGAGAGAGCGCGUUAUGCAUGUGAUUUGGAGGAAUGUGUGUACUCAACAAGCCAAAUGCAUCUUUGCAGGCAAGGCAAAGAAUGAAAGGAAAAUAUACGUAUAUUUUUCCAUUUUUGUCAGCAGUUUCUGUUAUACAUUGUGGCAAAGAGGGGAAGUAACCGAAGUCAACACUGAGAGGACAAAUAUUAGGUAUCGCUGUGCUCAUUGUAAGAUGUACUGCAUGUGUUUUUUGCGUUGGCAGUGAGAGAGAAUGUCAUGCUAACGAAAUACUUCGUGGACUGAAGCUUCGACCCUGUUGUCGGACUCUUUUGUGUCUUAUGUGGGCCUUCUGCCAUCCCUGCUUCUUUGUGCUGGUGCGUUUAAUCGUCCCCAUAAAACAAAGGGAUACUGCUGAGUCUCUUCAGAAAGUCACCAUGUUUAGAUGGUCUCUGAUGACCGGACCACACUGAGGUUAAUAGAAUAAACUGACACCUUUCGAAAAGGAGAGGAAGCACUUAAUAGCAGGAGGAGAGAGACUCGUCCACAAAGCCCCCCACAGUGCUCCCUCUUCUCUGCUGCUUGUCUCCCCCCAGCUCCCUUGCCUUAAAUCCGAUCCAUCGCAGUCACUAUGUCUUCCCGGGACCGGCGCUCUGAUCUGUACAUUAAGGCUGAGCCCAGCAGUCCCGAGGGAGGUGGAGGUGGAGGUGGAGGUGGAGGUGGACGGGCCAGCCCGGGCGGGGCUUCUUCUGACUCCUCCCAGAGCACCGGGGGAGGCCAUGGAGCUGGGAGCGCUGGCCGCUACUCGCCGCCGCUCUACACACCACCCUUGCGCUGCCAUUUCAAGGAGGAAGGUCUCGGGGAAGAGGGCUCCACGGGGGGCGGGGGUGGCCGGUGCAAGUACACACUGAGCACGCUCCCUAAGCGGCUGUGCCUGGUGUGUGGAGACGUGGCGUCUGGCUACCACUACGGAGUGGCCUCCUGUGAGGCCUGCAAGGCCUUCUUCAAGCGCACUAUCCAGGGUAACAUUGAGUACAGCUGCCCGGCAUCCAACGAGUGUGAAAUCACCAAGAGGCGCAGGAAGGCAUGUCAGGCCUGCCGCUUCACCAAGUGCCUCAAAGUGGGCAUGCUGAAGGAGGGAGUUCGUCUAGACCGAGUCAGAGGAGGAAGACAAAAGUAUAAAAGACGGCCAGAGGUAGAGAGCGCCACCUACCAAAGCCCACCCUCACUGCACUUACGGAAAGAGGGUAACAAAGGCCCCUCAAAUGUUAUCGUAUCCCACCUGCUGGUGGCCGAGCCGGAGAAGCUGUUCGCCAUGCCGGACCCCCUGCAGCCGGACACGACCCUGCGUACCCUCACCUCCCUGUGCGACCUGGCUGACCGCGAACUGGUCGUCAUCAUCGGCUGGGCCAAACACAUCCCAGGCUUCCUGUCUCUGUCACUGGCAGACCAGAUGUCAGUGCUCCAGUCAGUGUGGCUGGAGGUGCUGGUGCUGGGGGUGGCUUACCGCUCCCUCGGGUACGAGGACGAGGUGGUGUUUGCAGAGGACUUCGUCCUGGACGAGGAGUUGUCCCGACUGGCUGGGUUGAGCGAUCUCAAUACCGCCAUCAGCCAGCUGGCCCGGCGGUACAGGGCCAUGGAACUGGAUAGGGAGGAAUUUGUCAUGCUGAAGGCCAUUGCCCUCACCAACUCAGACUCGGUGUACAUCGAGGACAUGGAGGCCGUGCAGAAGCUGCGAGAUCUUCUUCACCAGGCCCUGCUCGAGCUGGAGAGCCAGCGGCGGCCGGACGACCCGCGCCGAGCCGGGAGGCUCCUGCUCACCCUGCCCCUGCUCCGGCAGACCGCCGCCCGCGCCCUCUCUACCUUCUACAGCAUCAAGAGCCGCGGCGGCGUGCCCAUGCACAAGCUCUUCCUGGAGAUGCUGGAGGCCAUGAUGGACUCUCCGUAGGGUUCCAGGAGGGGACAGUGAGGGACGGCCGAGAAAAGCAUCAAGCAGGACUGGGCGUGGAUUUCAGAAAGGGGUGCAUGGAGGCUGCCGAGGAGGCGUAUUUCUGCGCAGCACGUAGUGCGAACAACCCUGCAGGUUAACUUGUCCUGGGAGGCGGAAUGAGAGACGUUGCAUGAUGCUGCUGCACCUGGGGUGGGACUGAAAGCAGAAGGCGAUGGAUGUUUUAGCUUUAGAGGCCGAGUGAUUCUAAGCGGCACUUACUGACCUGCUGGAAAUCUGAAUAGGAAACCUGUAAGCUGAUAGUUUGAGGAAGGAGUGGGGGAGGAGGACCGGAUAUCAUUUAUGCAGAAACACCAGCGUUCGUCAUAUAAAACGUUUUUUUUUGUAGGUUUUUGAGUGAGUCGUACAUGUGAACGUAACUAUUAGUAUUGCCUGGACUGGAGUAAAUAAUUCACCAAAUUCAGUUCCACACAGAUACACUAGGCUGUAUUUGCAUAUUUAUGCUAACUGUAUUUAAUUAUAUUUGCAUUUAAAGUGCAUUUUUAUUUGGCCCUGCCCUAAGCCAUAUACUAUAUCAGUAUCAUUGUGGCUAGAUUAGAUCUGAAUCUUUAAAUACGUCACAGAUGAAGGGUUAACCCCUCUUCUUGAUUAUAAAGAAGUUUCAUAGUAACAGUAGUUAUAAGACCUAAUAUUGCACAUAAUGUGAUUUGAUUCCACGUAGAGUAGGUUGCGGAGGAUUUUACUGUAAACUGACAAUACACUGUUUAAAUUCUUCUUAAGAGACUUUUAAAAAUGACUGUUGACUGUUUUCAUGAAUUAUUGGAAAUGUAUUUUAGCAAUAGAUGAAUUCCUUAACCCACAUCUGCGCAGGUUUCAUGCUGCCAGUGUUUUACAUUGUCGGACACCUGGAGUCGCAUUUGUGAGAAAAAUAAGUUCAGGAAAGCUGCAGACAGCAGUAAGUAGUUUUUCUUCGUAGAUCUUCCUACCCCUUUACGUCUUUCCGCAGUAAAUGCGGGAAGUAACAGUUUGUCCUAAAACAGGACAAUCAUAAAAUUACAGCCGUAAAAAUUAUAUUGAAUCGUCUGGAUAUCAGGACAAGCUCCGUGCUGUGAAACACUGGUUCUGGUCUGUGACGAAAGGCUGCAGUUCUUUGAAGUAAAACAAAAGCCAGUCAAAGACUUACUGGAGAACAGGAGACACACGAGCUCAAGCCUGCAUCUGCGUUUGCUGGAGAACACAGCCACCCGCCAUCCGCUUAAGCGCAUCACGCCGGCACCUGCUGGCUGGGAAACACGUCCUGGUGAACGCCACAAGUGGGAAAUAUGAACUGGACUAGAAAUCUGCUGCGUUUAUCCGAAGUAGUGCUACAAAAUAUAUCCUGAAGAAUGCAAGAAGUCUAAGGUUGUGUAAUAUUUAUGCCGAAGCAGAGCGAAACUCCUGAAGCUCUGAAUACUCCACCAUUGAGAGGGAUGUUUCAGAAGCAUUUCAGAAAUCACUUGGUAGGUAAUAAUGUAACAUUAUCUACGACCAUCUUACUGUAGAAUAACCCUUGAACCUGCAGAAUUUAAUAAUAGCAGUUAAGUGUACUAUGUAAAAUGAGCUAGAAAAGCAAAUGAUGAUCAUGAUCUCCCAUAAUUAACAGUUAACAGAUGUCCGUGUUUAUGAUUGUGUGCCACUGGGAUUUAGUCCCACACACGCAAAGGACUGUUUUCAUGUACAAAUAAAGCCACUUGCAUACAGAGACAAACCGUAUGAACAGCACAUUUGGGGCUAGACUCUGUAUUAAAGUGGAACACUCUGUGUACCAAUGAAUAUAAGAGAAGGAAUGUUAUAGGUUAUCAGAAGAGUAACCAUGACGUAACCAAGAGUGACAAAUGUCAGGAGAUGCAGUCAGUGACCAAUAGCAUUUAUAUUGGCAAAGAAGCAAAGAAAAUGUAGAUUGUAGCUGUUAGGCUAAAACAAUCUAUUUCACAAAGAAACAGCCAGACAGCAGAAAAACAAAAGCCAUGGUAAAAGUACGAUCCCUUACUCACUUCUCACUGAAGCAAAGCUGAUGCUUGCUAACAUGAAUAAUGGUAGAAAGGUUUCAACUGUGGAGGUAAAAUUCGUAACAUCAAACUAUUCUGGUGCUUCAUCGACAUCUAAUUUUGCAUGCAGAACUUUUUAUGCUCUGAAUAGCCUAUUUUUUCAAUUCUGUGUAUUUCAGUUGUCUUCUGUUGAGUUUUGGUUUUGAAAAUGUGUCUGGAAUUGACUGGGGCUUGAGUUCAUGUUUGGAAUUGCAUUAUUCACAGGCAUUAACUAAGUGUGUGAAUGUAAUUUUCAGUAGAGUAUUUUAACUUUUAUGUGUAUCUGAUUUUAUCAGCUUGAUUUUUUUAACAAAUAGCAUUUAUCCUACAUUUUUAUAAUGUUGUUUUUUUUUUUUAACUUAUAAACCAGGGAUCUGUUAAGCUUGAAUUUAUUUUACUUUUUGAUAUGGAUAUUUCUUAGUCACUGUGUAAUGAGCCAUCUAGUGGCUGGAUGAAAUACAGCAACCUUCAGGUACAGAAGAAAGGAAUAUUCUGUCAGGACAGCAGUGACCUAUAUGGACUAAGCUUUAAUGCAUGGUCCAGUGUGAUUAUGCUGUAGUGCAGUAGUUUAGCUGAACUGCAUGGCAUCAUAAAGCUAUGGGUUUUGUUCAUUCUUUAAUGGCAUAUGGUCUAAUUCUGUUUUGUUCAAAAUGAAAACAUUUGCUAAAUCGUUUCACCACACCUGGUGGCCAAAGUUGGAAAUGCAUAUUCAAAGAAUAACAAUUAUUGUAUAUUUACCUGUUUCAAAUUAUACACUUGAGCAGGAUCCUUAGAUGAAUUCCACUGAAAUUUAUAUACCACUCAAAUCAAUGUCAUUGUCAUUUUUUAACUGUGAAUAAACAACUAUAUAGUGUACAGUGGCAUACCGUCUGUCAGAUGGUUGAUAUUUUUAACCCUAACACAGCUUGUAAAGGGAAUCAAGUAGAAAGUGGUUUGAGUCAACCUAUGCAUAUUCAUAUAAGUAUUUGUGUAAGAGCAACAUGAAUAAUCAAAACCAAUGAUAAUUUUACAAAAUUUAAUGUACAUUCACUGUAAAAUUAAUCAUGACACACACAUAUAUAGAUGUUUGCGUGUGUGUAUGUAUAUAUAUAUAUAUAUAUACACACACACACACACACACACACAAACUUAUGAUAGGGUGAUGGAAGAAGACAUUUGUUUUUGAUGUAUCAACUGAAAGUGUUGAAUCUUAUUUCUAAGCUGAAAUAAAGACUCAUUUUUCCAAUGUUUUAAAAGUAAAAAUGCUUUUUUGUGUUUGUGCAUUGAAAGUGUCUCGUGUUUUUGUGUUAUAUUUCAUUUGAACUGUUCGCAGUUGUCAGCUGGCCACUUUAAAAUCGCUGUGUAGGAACACAAAUAUGAACUAGCCUAACCUACUUUGUUUUGUAAUAAAACAACAUGCAGAAUGA